UAGAUUGUUUCUUCUUACAUGUGUGCUCUUAUAUAAGUUAGGUAAUACCGACGGCUUAGGGAUGCAUCCAUUAGAUGUAAACGCGUCACCAACAGAGCUGAAGACAACAUGCACGCCAUUCCCUUUUGGGAGGCAACUCAGAUUUGGUUAUGAGUCACUUCGGAGCUGGAAUCCUACGGCACUCGGAUAUAAGAGAUCACGAGUUAACUCAUAUAGGCUGUAGAUGAUGUUGAAUCUUUAUUUAAACCCUAAAAAAGUCCGAUGUGAAGUUGACAAACAAUAAGAAUCAAGAUCAAACUCAGCGCUAGAUUAGCUUGCUCACGAUGGCAAGACCUCCGAAGAUCAAAGUCAAGACGUAUCUGCCCACACAGCCGUUCCCACCCAAUGCAGAGAGGAAACCUAUCCGCACGGAACGCCUAGUUAUCCGUCCGUUUACCGAGGAAGACCUUGACGCGAUCUAUGCUAUACGUACUCAACCGGAGGUUAUGCACUUCUCGGCGGUUGGCCAGAUUGAUGCUAGCAAAGAUGAGACACGGACAUCGUAUUUGGCCUGCUACCUACCGCCUAACGAUAUCCGGAACUAUCACAACGUACUUUGCCUCGCCUCGACCGGAGAACUAAUCGGGAUGGGUGGGAUGCCGAAAACCGAUCUACUCUUUGGAUGGCCCGAGGUUGGUUACAUGCUCAAGAAGGAGUAUUGGGGGCAGGGCUACGCCACGGAAUUCCUAAGGGCAUUUGUAGACCAUUGGUGGACUUUACCACGAUCCGAGGCUGAGAUUGAGGUGGCUGCAGAAUCGGUGGAUAGAUCCGGAGAGGUACCGGAAAUGCUGUCAGCAAUAGCCGAUGAUGAGAACCUGGCCAGUAAACAUGUCCUCGAGAAGGCUGGAUUCCAAAAAUUUACAAGGUGGACUGAGCCCGAUACACGAGUGGGUGUUAUAGACGACAUUGCUCUUGUUGGUUUCGUACUCGAGUCACCCGGCCAAAAAGUCAAAGCUUCAUCUUAAUGGCAUGUCUAAUGGUCAAACUGUUGGCGAUUUUGAACAAUGCUGAAGAAAGUGGAC